UUAGUUUCGCAUCUGUGACAGAAACUGACGCAUGAAUUGAAAGUGAAAGUAAAAUCAGCUGUUUCUGUUUAUGUCUGUAUGAAACUGAUUGUUAUGCUACGAGUAAACGGGAGCUGAAGUAUCUUGAAGAGGGUUUCCAUAGAUACAACACCAAGAAGCGUUUGCAGUCGUAUAUGUCUGGAUGGGGAAGUAUUGGAGUAAAAUGGAUUAUUCACUAUACAAACGCUCUGUAUCAUUGGAUUAUGAAGUGAGAGGCCUUUUAAACUACAAUCUGUCCUGCUGUGUAAAUGCUUUGCUUCAAUCCUUUUCUGCCACCACUGAACUACUGGACAUACUGAACAAAUGGCAUCCAUCAGAUGGGAUUGAUAAGAGUAACGUCCCACUGCAGUUGAAGAAUACCCUGGAAGCCAUGAGGGACAAAUCAUAUCCUGCUCCACACAAAGACUUCCUCAACUGCCUCUACCAUCAAGCCAUCCAACGGUUCACUCAGCAGGAUGCAGAUGAAAUAUUCCACAUCAUCCUCAAUCUCAGUCAGAAGCAGAUACCUGAUGCUGCUCUGGCUCAGGAAAUCUGCAGUCUCUAUGAAAUAAAGGUGGAGACCCAGGUGGGGUGUUUAAAUUGCAAAUUCAUCCAACGAAUGCCCAACUCUCUUUUCAGCCUUCCUUUGGCGAUCUGUGAAAGGGAAAACUCCUUGGAAAGCUGCAUCAACUCUUUUUUCCAGCUACAAAAGCUGGCGGACAGUGAGAAGGUUUACUGCGACAACUGUGAAAAAAAGCAGCCGUCCUCUUAUGAGGUGAAACUUGUGUCAUUGCCUCCGAUUCUGUGUGUCCACUUGAAAAGAUUCAGAAAUUAUGAUGGCUUCACCAAGAAACUCUACGACAAAGUCACCUUCCCUGAAACGUUUAGCACUGCCAUUUUUGCUGCAGGACAAUCAGAAAAUGCUGAUUGUCUCAAGGCUGAGCAUUACAGUCUCUAUGCAGUAGUAGUGCAUAUGGGAAGUACCAUGUCUGGUCACUACACUGCUUUCAUCAGUUCAAAUCAGGACUGGUAUUACGCUGAUGACAGCUGCGUGCAACCAUCCACAUGGGAAAAUGUGCAGGACACAUAUGGAGGGUAUCGUCGGCACUAUGGAGAGACAGCCUACCUGCUUCUGUAUAGGAAGAAGAGCUGGAAUUCAUCUGGAUAACUGUUGGGAACAUGCACUGCAGCACUUGAUGAACACUAGAUGUAUUAAUGCAGAGAAUAUUCCAAGAACAGGACUGAAGUCUAUUUAUAUUUUGGGUAUACGUUUGAAGAGGGGUGUUUAAGAAUGUAAAUCAGUAUAUUUUCAUGUUGAUUGGGGUUUAUAUAGGACAGUAUUUUGGAUAGGAUUAUGCUAUUUUGCCAGUGCAUAUUUUGUGGAGUUUAUGGAUA